AUGUCUGUUCCAGUACCAUUUUUGCGCGUCAGCUGGGCGGUGAAACGGUGCCGAGGCGGAGAGCAUUGUCACGCUCCUGGUUCUCAAGCAUUGCGCACGCAUGACCGAGUAUCUGUCUCAGCAACACAUGAGAUGCAACGAAUCGGCAACAAGUCGCAUCGAUUAGCAGCGCAUGGUGAGGCAUGUGAUACGAUCCUGGGCCAAACUUCGAUACGAGCGUAUCAAGUGAGUGCGAACCCUGUUACUCGGCCUUUGGACAACCACGCACGUCGUACGAUGCCGAGACGAAAGAAGCUAAGCGGUUCAUCGGCAUACAGUCGCUAA